AUGCGUAAAUCGACUUCCGUAAAGACCAUCCCGACUAAUGUCACUACUCCGGCUGCUUUUGAGGAUCCCAAGCUGGCCGUCCAGACUGAACCUUCUAAUCCAUUGAACGAGUUCACUGACCCGUCUUUGCUGCUGGUUCGUAGGUUGGAGCAAUGGAAGACCAACAUCUCGCUGAUUCUUCGCUACGCAGAAUCCCAUGCCUCGUCGCAGGCCAAUCUGACCUCGGGCCUCGAAAAGACCCGCAAAAUUGUUCAGGACCAGCACCCAGCCGGACCUGAGGCUGAGCAGCAAGAAAAGACCGGAAUUGACGGAGUUUUGCAUACCAUCUUUAUUGAAACAGAGGGCCUCUUGAGGGCUAGCGAAAUUGCCGCUACCAACAUCCGCCAGUCGGUCAUCCCGCCUCUCGAAGAACUACUUGCCGAGAUCGACCAGCACCAUCGCGAAAUUAAGGACAAUUCGAUUUCGGCAAUGAAAGACAUUGAGAAGUUGCGAAUCCACACUUUCAAGCAUAUGGAAACUUUAAAUGGGGUAGUAAACUCUGGAGCAAUUCCUACCGAAAACAAGGAUGACCCUUACAUUGUCAGGCGCCAGAUGAUCGGCGUGUUGAAUAGUCAAUUGAGCCGUGAGAACGACCACGCACGUAACGUCGUCGCCAUCCAGACAAACUUUGCCAAAUUCGAGAUCAAGCUUGUGCAAACAAUCCAGAAUAGCCUCAAAGAUUUGGAGAGCAUUCUUACCGAGUAUAAUAAUGCAAGCACUAAUGCUCACCGUGUUGUGGCAGAAACGUAUGCUACUGUUAGCCCUGACCAAGACUGGAGCGUAUUCGAGGAAAGCAACAAAGAUGUUUUCCUCCCUACCACUGGAUUCCAGCGUGACCCAGCAAGGCUUCAGUUCGAUAAUAUGGACCAUAUUUACACCAAGGCUAUAGUCGAGGGACCCCUCAACCGGAAAGCUCGUGUUUUGAGAUCACUUCAGCUUGGUUUCUACGUGCUCACCCCUAGCGGCUUUUUUCAUGGCUUCAAGUCCGAAGACGCUAUCAAGGAUCCUUUGCCUGAAUUGAGUCUUUUUAUUCCCGAGUGUGAUAUUGAGCCUAUGGAUCUCCGUAAUCCUGAUGAAUUCAAGGUCCACGGUAAGGACCGAAGUUCUAAACUGGGAACUCGCCGUAACUAUGUAUUCAGAACCCUGAAUGCUGGUGAUGCGCAGCUUUGGCAUGAGGCUUUGCUUGAGGUUUCCCACGACAUCACAAAUGCCUCGGUGGCACCUGUGGCACCUGUUCCUGUUGCAGCGUCUUCGCCCAGCCGGGGGUUCGCUUCGGUUACGGGCACAAGUAGCGCAGGUAGCGCUAAAGGCGUUGCUACAGGCAGCGCUGCUGGACGGGCUGCAGGUGCUGCAGGAUUUGCCGGUGCGGCUGGAGCUGUAGGAAUUGCUGCUGCUAGCCGUGAUCGCACCGACUCCAGGCACGCUGCUGGCGUUACUGGCGAACCAGAGAGCGAUGAGACCGAAGUACAAAGCCUCCGGGACCCUAACUCGCAAUUCUUUUCUGAAGAAGAGAAUGAGCGCAGAUCCCCGUCGCCUCUUGCUGCGACUACUGCAGCUACAACUUUGGGCAUCAGCCCUCGAAUGAGGGCGCAAAGUCCGUUCCAGAGUUACCGUGGUCACAAUGGCGACCACAAUGGCGACCAAUAUGGCGAACCCCACCAUGUUGAGGCUCAUGAUGAUAUCGUGCCGAUGUCUUUGGAAGGUAACAAUGAUAUCCCUUCGCCCGAGCCCUUGGCCCGUAAACUUGAUUUUGAGGGAGAAGCUAAGAAGACUCACGCAUACAGCGCACUGGCGGAUAAUUCGGCUGCGGCUUAUGAGACAAAUGACUUUGUAGAGCCAAAUUACAAGGUCGAUGUCGAGCCCGUGGCUCCUGUAACUGUUGAAACUGCCAAUGCUACAGAAUCUCUUGAGCCUGUUGGAGCAACAGCUGUUGAGAACCAGGAGAUCAAUACCAUUCCAGUUGAAUCUGAGCCCAAUGCCCCAGGCACCACCGAUUAUGUUCCGGCAGUAGGUGAUACGCCCAAAGACUUUGCGGAUGAUCAGUCUCCCGGGCCAGAGCCAGAUAGGUCUACUACAAAUGCCACGCCAUUAGGUGAAGUCGAUUAUGACGUCGCCAAGGCGGUUGGAAUUGCUGAUGCGGCCGGCUCUGGUGUAUCCAACGAGACUGGAUUUGCAGAGCAGAAGGAUAUUCUGUCUGCUCAAGGAUACGGUGUUAGUGGUUUGGGAACCCAGCACAAGACUUUGGAAGACGAUGAUUUGCAGAAAGAAGCUACGAUCCGGGCCAAAGAGAGCACUCAUCAGACUAGUGAGCUCACUGGCCACAUUGAUGGAGAAUCCACAACGGUCUUUACCGAGUCUGGUGAGCCCGUUGUAGUGGGCAAGAGUUGUGAGAACCUGAGUGGCCCGUAUUUCUCCGAGCCGGCCGGCGAUCCCAUUUUUGCUGGAGCUGGAACUCAGGCACGAACAGAAGCUAGCAAAACAGUUCACAAUGAAUCUUCUUACCAACCAGCCGAGCUUAGCGCCAAGGAGGUGUUUGCCGCCGGACCAGAAGCUAGCGAGACAGCACCGAAAGUGUUUUCUUCCGAAGCAGCCCAAAUGAGCGCCAAGGAGGUGUUUGCUGCCGGACCAGAAGCCAGCGAAACAGCUCCAAAAGUGCCUUCUUCGGAACCAGCCCAAGUGAGCGCCAAGGAUGAACUGGUUGCCGCAGGGGCUAUUCCAGCCAAAGAACCUGCUGAGGUGACUGCUUCUGACUCGGUUCCUGUACAAGCUGCAAAGACUGCAACGGCCACUACCCCCGCGGCUGUGCCCAGUGGACCUUCAGCGCCGCCUGCCUACAACAAAGAUCUGGAAGCGCCGGCCGCUCUGAAGAAAACUGAAACAACCACUUCGAGUGCCAGUACGACCAAGUCGAAACGCUUCAGCAAGCGAUUCAUGUCGAAACUCAAGCACGGGUUCAGACACCAUGAAAAGGCUGCGGAUGUAUAA